AUGAUCUUCGCCAACGUCUUCAUUACCAGCAUCCUCGCUGCUGCUGCCGCGGCUCUGCCUCACCGUGCCCGUGAUUCCGGUUCCAGUGGCAACGUUCAAUUUGUGAACAACAUGGGCUCCGACCUCUACCUCUGGACAACCUCGUCCGACCCCGGUAGCAUGAAGACUCUCAGCUCUGGCGGUGGAACCUACAGCGAAGAAUGGCAGACCAACUCCAACGGCGGUGGUAUCUCGAUCAAGCUAUCUACCACUCAGAGUGAAGACAGUGUGCUUCAGUUUGAAUAUACUGUCGACUCCGACACGCUGUACUGGGAUCUGUCAUCCAUCAACUUGGAUUCGUCCUCCGACUUCGUCAAGAAUGGCUUCUCUGUUACCCCCAGCGAUUCGAGCUGCAAAUCCGCCACUUGUGCGGCCGGCGACUCCAACUGUGCCGACUCCUACCAGCACCCUGACGAUGUCGCGACAAACUCUUGCUCGACCUCCGCCCAGUACAUCGUCACCUUGGGAUAA